AUGUCUUUCUUUCCCAGAAACUUUAUCUCAACCGAGCCUUCCUCCUUCCACCCUCUCUUCCGCCUCCUCGACGACUUUGAUCAAUACAGCAGCGGUCGCAAUGAUGGCCCUCAGCAUCACCGCCGCAGCAACGUCAUGAAGACCUUCACACCCAAAUUCGACGUCAAGGAAGCCGGCGAGGUUUAUGAACUCCACGGUGAACUUCCAGGUAUCGAGCAAAAGGAUGUCGAAAUUGAAUUCAUCGAUGAUCAGACCCUCAACAUUCGUGGUCGUACUGAGCGCUCCUACACUUCCGGUACUCCACCAGCUGGUUUCAUCGAAGAUGCACCCGAGUCUGGCGCCAUCACUGAAGGUGGUGAGACCAGCGAACAUAAAGACAAAGCCCAUCAACCAACCGUCGAAGAUGAAGACGCCCAAACUCAAUCCGGCACCGGCGCCAACACCCAAGUCACCAAAGCCACCGAUCAGAAGAAGUCUCAAGAAUCUGGUCACAAAUACUGGGUCUCUGAGCGCAGCGUUGGUGAAUUCUCCCGAUCUUUCAGCUUUCCGGGACGCGUCAACCAGGAUGAGGUUCAAGCUAGCAUGAAGAAUGGCGUUCUUAGUAUCAUCGUCCCCAAGGCCAAGAAGCAGGAAAGCCGCAGAAUUGCCAUUCAGUAA